AUGGCUAUUUGGAAAACAUGUAAUAAGCUUUGUUUGAAUGAUAAGAGGCCUUCUCUUAUGCGUGUUUUUCGCUCUAUUAAAUCUUGGUUGCGGUUUGCUGCUCCUCAUUUGCCUGGUUAUUCCCGUGAUGUGUUGGAUUCUCAGUUGCUAGUGAGCCUGGGAAUCCAACCAGUUGCUCGCAAAUCAGUUGCUCCUCGGUUGGGUCUUUGGCAUCCCCCUAUUUUCCCUUGGAUUAAGCUUAACACUGAUGGGUUAGCUAAAUGUAUUCCUGGCCCUGCAGCUUAUGGUGUUGUUUUUCGGGUUGCGAAUGGUCAUUAUUUUGGAGGUUAUUGUCAAGGUUUAGGUCAACACUCAGCUUUCUUUGCGGAGUUAAUGGGAGUUAUAAUUGGUAUUGAGAUUACUUUUCGAAUGGGAUGGCAUUGUAUUUGGUUGGAGAGUGAUUCGACGAGUGUUUUAGCAUGCAAUUCUGUGGCAGAUAGGUUAACAAAUUUGGGUUUGGCUUCUUCAUCUCUGAUUUGGCAUGCCUCACCUCCACCCGAGAUCUCUCCAUACUUGAGAAUGGAUGACCAGGGGUUCCCUUAUUCUCGUGUUUCUUCUUGA